AUGGACAAAAAUCCCGAGCUCAUUCAGGACGGGAACUGGAUGGGUGAUGAUGCACGAAACAUGCCGGUGCCUGUUUUCCUUAUUCAUGACGGUGGCGGUACUACAUUCGCCUACCAUUGCCUAGAUUCUCUGUGUAGGCCGACUUAUGGUAUUUUCAAUCCCCAUUUUCGCAACGGACAAACAUUUGAGGGCGGCGUGUCAGGAAUGGCACGUCUGUAUACCGGAAUCAUCAGACGGACUUGCGCCCGGCCUGACUUCCCGGCCGAGCGCAACUUGGACCGAAGUGUGAAUAUCCUCAUCGGCGGGUGGAGCAUGGGCGGUCUCUUGAGUCUGGAAAUUGCAAAACUGCUCACUGGCGACGGCCGAGUCAAAGUCAUUGGCGUGUUGAUGAUGGAUAGUAUGUACACGGUUGAUCCGCCGUCGCUUCCUCUCGACGCUCUCGAUAACCUGGACCCGGGAAAAUCAAAAAAUAUGUUUCUCAGCAUACAGGCCAUGAAGGAAGCAAUUGGAAUCAUCCGUCAAUGGGAUCCUCCCGUUUGGACUGGUACCCAACGUGACCAGCGGCCUCGGGUUUCGUUGCUGCGAGCUCUCGACCCAAUACCAACAGUCACUGGUAGGGUACAUGUUGCAGAUAUUUAUCGAGACAAUCAGACUCUGGGAUGGGAUAACUAUGAGAAGGACUUGUUCACCGAGGUCAUGGAUGUACAGGGCGACCACUUCGGCAUGUUUUCAUUUCAACACAUACCCGAAAUCUCGAAAGCGAUUAGAAGAUGCCUCGAAACGUUGGAGGUCUUGGGUCAUGUAGCUCAUUGA